GAGAUCCAGAUGAUCUAGAAUAUUCUCCAACCGAUAAUGACCAUGAUGAUGAUUAUUCAACAACCUCUGAUUUACUAAACAAUGAUCUUGAUUCUUCAACUGACCGACCAAAUAAUGAAAAUACAUUUGAUGCAUUUCAUUAUGAUCUUACUAAACAUACUUGUGAGCGUCUUAAAAAUAAGAAAAUUGAUAACUAUAAUCUUGAAAUUUCAUACAAGAUAAAUGGGUGUGGCCAGCUGAUGGCAUUAAACGAUGAGCAUGAUUUCGAUUUAUUUAUUACUGAGAGUAAAAAUCUAAGUUCAAAUAAAAUAAUGGUGAUAUAUAUUACAUUAAAAUCUAAUAAGCGAAAAGCUGAGAAAUCUGUUGAAGAUAAGUCGAGUCUUUCUUCAGACGAAAUCAAAUUAGCCAAAAUUAUUUCACAGAUCAGAUCAAAAUAUGAAUGUAAUAUCCAUAAUACGCCUUGUUAUAUCGAAGACCAAAACCAUCUCCAAUUAAUGCCUCCGCUUUUAUAUUUAUGGGCACAGGAUGUGAAUGCCGGAGGAGCAACAGUAGAAGUCCCACCUUUCUACCCUGCAUUCGGAAUGGCUUAUGCUAUUAAAGUCAAUAAACAAUUGAAUAUUUUACAACCAACAUCUUCAAUUUCUGAUUCAGUUCCAACCCUUCAUGAGUUUUUUGAACAACUAAAUAAAGCUUAUGAUGAUGGUAACGAUAAUUAUUUAAAAUUGGAAGCGGCAUUUGCAAGAGAAAAACUAACCAUAAACG